AUGGAAGCGAGCUCGAGCAGGGCUCAGGACGAGUCGACGCCAUUGGUCCUCGACGAGGUCCUCCAGCAGAUGAUACAAGAUGACCAGGAGGAAUGGGAAUACGAGUACUCAACUACAGAAACCGAAACGUAUUACCUUUCGCUGGAACUAUCGUACCCCGAAUUCAAAGGCACAUCGGCCAAGAUGAAUAUCCAUUCGCGAGGUGGAUACUACAAGAACUGGCAAGAAACGACGGUCGGCGCAGACCUAUUAGGCCGUCCGUCUGGCGGUGAGGCUGGCGCAAGCUCUCGCGUGGGCGUCGCGGACAUCAAGGAAGAGGCAAGCAGCAACGACGAGGCUGAUCCUGCUACCGCCGAACCCGACGACGAUGACGAUGGCAGCAUUAUCGAUCCUGCAUUGCGAUCCAAGGGCAAACAGCCAGCACGAGAGAACAUCGAUUUGACACGAGCGCCAACAACAAGGGAGCCAACUGCAGAGCCAACUGCGCCUGAGGACGCACCCCAACGCGAAGAGGCGACGGCACCACAGGAUGAUAUUCAAAUACUAGAGCUUCACUCGGAUCAUCCCCUAAUAUCCUACCGUGGACGACUUUUUGAGGGCGAGUGGGCAGAAAUCAUUGGCACAGAAGCACUACUCGUGCGGCACGAUGACAAGAACCCGCUGCCAGCGCUGCGGCAGGUCCCCGGCGACAUUGACGUUCUGGGCGCGGUGUCGUCGCGCAUCGUCACAAAGGAGAAGAUUGCGACGGCGCGGCAGCAGGAACGGGACGAUCCGCUGGCAGCGACGCGUGCGGCGUGGAGCAUUCACAUCCCGCCGGGCAAGGACCGGACGGGGGCGCGGCGGCAGCAGGCGCGCUUCCUGGAGAACAUCAUGGCGCUCAAGAAGAUGAAGGGCCAGACGGACGACGUGACGGUUUACGCGCUGGACGGCGAGGGCAAAGACUUUGACGACACCAAGGAUCCAGACUACAAGCCCCGUCGGAAGAGAGCAUCCGCGGUGCCGGGGACGACGGAGGCGAGCGGGAGCAGCGGACGCAGGAGGAGGGGCGGCGCCGGCGCGCGAGGGUCGAGGGCUUCUGUUGCUGCUGCUGCUGCUGCUGCUGCUGGACGCGCACGGCUGGCGGCGGCAAGACGAGGCAAGCAGAGGGCCGUGCUGUCGCCGCCUAGGUCGACGCCGACACCGGCGCGGUGGGAGGAUCUAGGUGAGGAGGAAGAGGAAGCUGGCGAGGCCAUGGAUGAGGAUGAGGACGAGGAUGAUGACAUGUCUAUGGAUUAA